AUGAAUUUAAAUAAUAUGACUACCUUUAAAUAAUAUGCGAAGUUAAUGAUGAUUGUGAAAAGCGGUUUCCUUUUUGUCAUCAUUUUUAUAAAAUCAGGUUCCUCGAUCGAUCUCAAUCCCUACGUACAGACCUCGUUAGAGCAGUCUUCAGAUGGGUUGAUGCUAGAACCAGUCUUCCAAUGUGUAUUCAACUCAUUAAUAGAUGACUCUUUAUAUGAUGUUCAGUGGUUCAUUAAUAAUAACGAAAUAUUAGAAGCAGAGUCGCGCGAUGUUCGUUUCAGUGACGUGAACAUAACGUCAUUGAAAACCCACCACUGGUCAGGGAAUUACAGCCUUAAUUUCAACGUGUCGUGUUCUGUGACUGCUAAAAAUAUCACCUCAUGGAAUACCACUAUGUAUAGCAUGAGCUCCAACUUUCUGGCUGGAAUAAUUCCAGAGUCCUUGGAGUAUUUUGUUAAGGAGGGUGAGACAGUGGAAGUCUCUCUGACGAGUUCGUUACCUCUAAGUUGUCCUACGUCAUUGAGUGAAGCCAUGAAGAAGACAUACUGCAGGAUGACCUUGAAUGUCUGGACAUCAGCUCAGGAAUCAUGGGAAACUUGCAGGAACGGACUGGCAAUUAGAGAUUUACUACUGAAUGAUGAUGGCUGUUCAGUGUCCCUUGAUUUUAAUGAAAACGGAAACACAACAUCUCUUUUUAACAUAACUGGCUAUCUUGAUGGAAUAAUUAAUCAUAAAAAUAGAACCAGUUCUAUUCAGUUUGGUGUAUCUACAUAUCCUUAUGAUAGUUCUGGAAUUUGGAGAAACAUCAGUGUUCCAAAAAUUAAGGUUUAUGUUAUCGACAGUGACAAUCUGGUGGCCCGGAUGUUGUGCACAUCUUAUAACGAUCCUCAUCUGACAACAUUUGAUGGAAAACAAUGGGACAACCACUGGACAGGGGAGUUUAUCAUGUAUAAACACAGAUAUCUGCCGUACUCAGUGAAUGUGUUGUUUUCGUCCUGUGUUGCUGGGUACGCUACCUGUAACUGUGGUGUUGCCAUCAGAAGCAGACUCAGUCUCUAUGUUGUCCGGACGUGUGCCCAGGUCUCUUCCAAAGACACAAAGCUGUUAACUGUACCGUACGAGAAACUGACUCUAAACAGAACCACUGACCUGAACAUAGCCAAAUCAGGACGUCUCUUUGAGGUCAAACUCCCGAGCGGAACACGCGUUUCAUUCGAGCUAUCUUAUGACAACUCGUGGAUUUCUAGUGUCCGGGUUCAGGCGGGGGUCCUUGACAUCGGGAAUAGUGAGGGUAUGUGUGGAUUAGCUAAUGGACACCAAAGUGAUGAUUUCAUACCCAGGCAGGGAAAUGUAUCCACAGACAAUCAGACAUUUGCCUUAUCUUGGAGAAUUCCUUUGAAAUCCCAGGAGAGCUUGUUUACCAGUAACUCUGACUCACUGCUAAUAAUUGGUAAUUACCAUCCAGAAAGAUACAGUUUGUGUACUAGAGGACCGGACGGAUCCAGCGAUCCAAACAUGCACAACCUCCCAAUACCCAGCAUGCUCUGUAUAGAGGAAGAGUCAUUCACAGCCAAUCUGUCCGUACUGUCCGAUCGGAAUGUUAAUGGCGACUUUGCAGAUCCACUUUCCUACGAUUCUGAGUAUAAUGAGACAGAGAGUCCUCGGACAUCAGGAUGGACUAAUGGUUGGACAGAAAGUUCUGCUCGCACAUUUUGUGAGAACUCCUUCACAACUGAAGCUGCUGUUGAUACGUGUGAAAAAAAGGCGAAAGUAUCCUCAAGUUCCUAUGUGGAGAGCUGCAUAGCUGACAUUAAGCUUUCAGGAAAUACAACAUAUCUACAAGAUAGUUUAAAUACUUUCAAAGGUGCCUGUUUAGCGGAAGUGACACAUGAUGAGGCUUAUUACGUAAACAAAACAUCAGAGGGACGCUUUCUAGUCGAAGUCAUCACAUCCUUUCUUUGUCCACAGAAUUGCUCUGGACAUGGAAAUUGUACAAAUGCUAGCUGCGCCUGUUUUGAUGGAUAUAUUGGCAGUGACUGUUCCACGUCGACCUCUACCCCUCCUGAGGUUUUUAUCCUCCCUUUCCACGGCCUCUGUGAUAAAAACUCUGGCUCAUGUCAGAAUAUCGUCGACAUCAUCGGAUUUUUCCAUUCAGAGCAUGUCUGGGCAAACUUGGAGUGCUUCAUGAUAUCAACUAAUGGAUCGAUCAUAACAACUACUGUCUCGGUUACAAAGCUUACAUACCAUCACUUCAAUCACGUGUCAUUAGAAUUACCCAUAACUCCCCAAAACUCCCAAACCGAGGCUGCGCGUGGCUGCAGCAUCAGUCUGAGUUAUGACGGUGUUGUUUUCAGUAACCACCAGACAUUGUUAAUAUAUGACAAACAGAAAUACAAAUGUGACUUGGAAAGCCUGACGUGUGAACAGAAAACACUAGACACGAGUGAUCCUGACAAAGGAGAUAGAUUUAUUUUGAUAGCAGCACUGGUUGCCUGUUUUGCUAUCGUACUGGUUAUCACUGCUAUACUUGUAGUGAAGAAAUGCAAAAGCUAUUUUCCAUGCGCAUCAAAGACAUCAAUG